CCAUUGUCGUCAUUGCUUUAAGAAUAUAGGCUACAACCCACCCAGUUCCUUCCCUUCAACUCACAGCUGCUUAGCUUCACAGUCUCUCGGACGCUUUUCAGUCACGCCAGGGAGAAACACAUCAGCCUCGAUGACUUCAGAUAGGUGUAUAGAAGGGACAUUCUGGAAUCGUUCUCGUUACAAAUGUGAGCCAUGUGAGACUAAAUAUGAAAGCAUAAAAGGUUACGAAUUUAUUAAAAACUGCGGGUGGUCCGAUGAGCAACACCAGAUCGAGUCACCUUACAAACCAUGCAGAGGUGGGACAUUUAAUGAUGGAUCUCAAGUCAAAUGCCAAAAUUGUCGCUCUUGCCCAACGCCACAGUUGACUGCGUCUGAAUGCAGCACCAGAUCGGAUGCCAUCUGCUGUAGGCAAGGGGAGCAGGCUUUUAAUGGAAAAUGCAUCCCUCAACCGUCGCAGACCACAAGGAUAACAACUGCGAGUACGACUGUCUUCAUAUCUAGCUCUGUCGCCAGCUCAAGCCCCUCUCCGAGCACUCAAAACAUCUUUCCAGAGCCCUCUACAAGCACUCAAAGCUUUAUGCCAAUCACCACUCCAAGUUCCACUGAAACGUCAUCAGUUAACCAAUUCAUAGGGAUCUAUGUAUGUUUUGGGAUUUUAUCAACUCUCAUUCUGGUGUGUCUCUUCCUUUUCAUCAAGAGGAGGACUAAACCUUUCAAUGAAGAAUUCAAAAAAUGCUGUAAUGGAGCAAGUCAUGAAAGCCUGUCCAAAAAGGGCAUUGGCAGAUAUGAGCAGGCCAUCUCAUACAACAUAAUCAAAGAGAGUAGUAACAAUGAUCACGAAACUGGAUUGUCGCAUCUGUUAGCACCUGAGGUCCAGGAUGCACCUCUCAAAACGGUGCUGAACAACCUGGAUGUUCUUGAGGAGCUUGUGUUGGUAUUAGACCCGGACAUCUCUGGUGCCAAGAACACACGUCACCUUGCCGCCCAGUGCUCCUUUUCCUUUGCCUGGAUCAAUUAUGCGUAUUCCAUGAAGGACCACAAAAGCCCCCUCGUCGCCGUUUUGGAGAGUGUCGUCACCAAAAACCCAGACUGGACUGUCAGCAACCUUGCUGAGCUGCUAACUGCUAUCGGUCGCAACGAUGCAGUGGAGAUUUUGGCGAAGCUUCCUGCGGGUGUUUAAGAAUAAUUCAUGUGAUAUUUUAAGAACACAAAACAGUAAUUCACUUAUUAUACUGUAUUGUUCAACAUAACCUCGUAACUAUUUUACGUUUGGGCAAAUUUGUGAAUUUGCAUUUUCAUAUGAAUCAAAUUGUAGUGUGCAUUUAUAUGAAAUCGCCAACUUGAAAAUAGUUGUUUUAGAGUAUUUGUUCCUAUAGAAGUUCAGUAUUCAAUGAUAGCUGUUGAAGCAUGCAGUGCUUGAAAAACGCACACAAUAUGAACGUCUAGGGUUAUUUUGGACGAAAACAACUCACUUCAUUCAGUGAACAAUGGGUAACAGAUGUGCAUCUGGAGGCCAUAUAGAAACAUUUACAAUCAAAGACAAGACACUUGGAAUUUCCCCUAAAUGUUCUACCUCCAUUCUAUCCUAGUUCACGCUUAUUUACUUUUAACACUAUUAAUGUUUCAUAAUUUAGAUUUUUGUUAAAUUACUAUAAUUCAU